GGAAGAAGAUCCCGACAAAGCGGCCCUAUUUCUUUUCAGCAAGAAAAAGUCGAAUAAUCAGAAAACCGACGAUGUACGCCAGGACUAAUACCGGCAGCACACACGGAGACUUUCAGGACAGAAACGGAGUGAAUUAUGUGACAUCGACAGAGUCUUUCGGCCACUGCUCUCAAUUGUUCUGGAAAAAGGAUCCCAACGACUCCGGACCGAGUUCGACCAUCAGCUGGUGCGACCAGCUCCCCGCGUCCUCGGCGGCCCUCUCCAGCUCCAGUCUCUCCUCGGCGUCCCUCUCCAGCUCCAGCCUCUCCCUGGAGUCCCGACCGCCGCCGCCCCGGCGCCAGCCGCCGCAACGCCGGACGACAUGGACUCAGACGAGAGGCCGUACGUCUGUGACCUUUGCACCUGCGCCUACAAGCACGCCAGCUCCCUGCUCAACCACAAGCUCACCCACAAGACUGGAGACUUCAGGUGCGACUUUUGCAGCAAGCCCUACACCAACUACAUGUCCCUGCGCAACCACAUGCGAAUCCACGGGCAAAAGCGCUACAUGUGCGACCUGUGCGGGAAGGCCUUCCGCCUGGCCCGGUACCUCCGCAACCACCAGAGGAUCCACGACGACGGGCCCAACCGCUUCGACUGUCCCUCGUGCUGCAAGAGCUACAGGACCAUGCUGGAGCUGGCCCAGCACCGCUGCACCUCCGCCUCGACCACCCAGAACCGGUUCAACUGCCCGUCCUGCUUUAAGAGCUACCGAACCAUGCUGGACCUGGCCCAGCACCGGUGCAGCGUCGCGGCCAAAAACCAGUCCGGCAGUCGUCGUUCCAGUUACGCCGCCAAUAAUCGCCGUCAGCAGCAGCAGCAACAGCAGCAACAGCAGCAACAACAGCAGAACAGCGCCAACUCCAUGAUGCAGCCACAGCACGGAGGACACGGCCAGCAGGAACCUCUGCCCUCCCACUGCGUCUCCCCCAUGUCCCAGGGAGGGCCGGGCGGCGUGUCCAGCCAGUCUGUGCCUGACCCCCACCAGGGCCGUCCCAGCUCGGUGUCCUCCCAGAGCAGCCAGCAGAGCAUGAGGAGCUCGUCCUCCAACAAACACAUCUCCUCCUCCAGUGCCACCCCGUCCUCCUCCUACUCCCUGCUCCAGCCCCUGGUGCCUGAGGUAAAGGAGCUGAGCUCGGGAUACACUAGGCUGAGCGCCAACCCCAUGCCGAAGCACCAGGACACUUUCUCUCUGGCCCCCCAGCGGCCCCUCACCACCAUCAACCCCAUCGGCCACUCCCUCCAUCCGAACGGAGCGCCCACGCUCAAGCCUUCCCCCGUGCCACGCACCAUUCAGGCCAUGCCCUGGGAGCAGCGCUCCCUCUACAAUCAAUGAGACCCUUCCCCCGGGGGAACCAGCUGCCCCCCCCCACCUUCACGUCGCGUCCAGCACCACACACCCUCCUCUUCUUCCCCCUCCAACCACCACCCUUUUCGGACCCAGCAUCAAGGAGGGAGGACUUUGGACGCCCCUCCGCCGCCUCUCCCCUCCUUUUGGAACGUUGUGUUUGGGAUCGGGGGGAGGGAAAGGGGGCACCGUUGAGAACUAGUUGAGAUUGAAUAACUGAGUAGUUAGGUUUAAAAAAAAAAAAAAAGAAGAAAAAAAAAAAUGUGUUGCCUUGACCCUCAUGUAUGAUCUAUGCCAUGUACGAUAUAAGUUAAAAUGUCUGUCCCUCACUUAAGAAUUUAUCUCCCCGUCCUCUCCCACUCUAGUUAUGAAAAUAUCUAUCCUUCCCAUUAUGAAUAGUGUCUCUCCCUGCCCCCCCACCCCCUUUAUUUUCCCCCAUGUGUUAAAUGAAACAAAAAACUUUUUAUUGGAGAGCGUGUUCCAAACCCUGAACACAGGGAUUCCAGGGCGUAAACGUGACGAAUAAUUCUCCCUUCGGUCUGAUAUGUUUUUGAACAUAAAACCCCCAACGUUUAAAGUCAAAUGAAGUUUCUAGAAGGAGAAGGGGAAACCUUUUUCUGUAAUUUUAUUUUAUUUUUUUAAAUACCCUCUUCAACGUGCUCCAGAAUGAAGAUUGUGUAUAUUGUGCAUUCAGGCGGCGUCCUGACAAUUCCCCGAAAAGCCGUUUCCAUCCUCUCCCCCACCACCACGCCAUUCAUCUCCAGGCAUCAACAGCAGGGACCUCGACUGACACCACCCAGCUGUGUCCUGCACACACAUGUGGACAUGAACUACUCGCCUGUCCUCCUUCCCAGUGUUUCGUGACAAGGACCUCAACGUUACCGACCACAACCUCCGACGUUGGGGUGGGGGUGGGGGGGCGCUUUGGCUCUGUUACCUUCCUCUUAACACACAACUGAAAGCUCACUUUUUUUCGUUAUUGUAUGUUCUAAACUUGCAUCCAACCAGUGGCUUUAUGUUAUUGUAUUUUUAACGAUCUGUCGGCCGGGGGGAAUCAAAUCUAGAAGACAACAGUACGUUUUUAGGAACAGACCAUCGACACGUUUGUUCCUCUCACUUUAAAGCACUUUAAGACAAGUGCUGUAUAAUUAUUACUGUCCCUGACUACCCCACCCUCCACCCUCCACCCUCCAUCUAGAACUGUAUCUGCUGUAAAGAUGUAACAUUGCCUUGCAUCGACUCCCCCUCCCCCCCCAUCACGACUCACUCACAUGACCACAGGUGACUUAGCAUCUGGAAGCUACAGUGGCCAAAACACAGUACGUCUGCAGCUCUGAUCCCCCCACCCUCCAGUGUCUCCUCUCCUCACUGCUCCCUGGAAGGAUUGAGCCCAAACCCACAGGGGCGUUUCAGUAAACGGCCAAUCACAGUUAACUCCCGAGUAAAGCGCAAAGAAGUGAAAUUUUUUUUGUUUUGUUUUUGUAAACGGUCAGUUUUGACAAUUAACAGUUUUAAUCAUGGUUCCGAUAUGUAGUUCUGUUACGUUUCCUCUUGCUAACACGGUGUUCGUCGAAAUACCCACGAUUCUACUGACAUUGUAUUUUCUCUUUUUAAAGUCGUUUCUAUUUUUAUUCAUGACAUGUUUCCAUCGUUGCUUUCUCUCUCUCUCUCUCUCUCUCUCUCUCUCUCUCCUUGUAAAGUGUCUUUUGAGUAUUUAGAAAAGUGCUAUACAAAUAAAAUGUUUUAUUAUUAUCACCA